CUUCACUGUUUCACUCGAUUUCAUUGCAAAAGGCUGCUGUCAUGAAGUUUUUCCUUUUAAUUUGUAUAGUAUGCAUCUUCAUUCAAAAGAAGUGUGUCUCUGCUUUUGAAAGGGACCAAGUUUUGUCUGCCCUUCCACGUACAGAUAGAGAUAUCGAGGUCCUUCAGAAUUUGACCGAUGCUUUUAUGAUUGUUCUUUGGCAACCUGCUUCACCCAAGAACAUAAUGAAGUAUGAAGAGGUCCACUUCUAUGUAAAUGUAUCUGAUAUAAGGGAUGUGAAGGCACAACUAAAUCACUCUACCAUUCUAUACAAAGUUUUGCUAGAAGAUAUUCACAAGCUUAUUCAGACACAAACUGCCAAUGACACAGUUAUCCCUCGUACGUCUGUAUCGUACUAUGAACAAUAUCAUUCUCUGAAAGAAAUAUACCGCUGGAUGAAACACAUAGUUUCGAGGCAUGGUGAUCUCCUCCAAAAAAUAAACAUCGGGGCUUCCUAUGAAAAACGGCCACUUUAUGUUCUGAAGAUCUCGAAUAAAGAUGCAGCACGCAAAAAUGCCAUAUGGAUAGAUUGCGGCAUUCAUGCUAGGGAAUGGAUUGCUCCAGCUUUUUGCCUGUGGUUUGUAGGACAUAUGAUUCACGUCAGUCAGACAGAUCGGACAAUGGCAAGACUUCUACAACACUUUGACUUCUAUGUCAUGCCAGUAGUAAACGUGGAUGGCUACGAAUACACAUGGACUAGUAAUCGAAUGUGGAGAAAAAGCCGCUCGCUGCAUCGCAACAAUAGUUGCUUUGGUACAGACAUGAACAGAAAUUUUGAUGCAGGCUGGUGUGGCGAAGGAGCAUCUGACGAUGCUUGUGAUGAUACCUACUGCGGUCCUUACCCUGAAUCCGAACCAGAAGUGAAAGCUGUGGUCCGAUUUCUCAGAAGGCACCGGGAUCAUAUAAAGGCAUACAUAACAAUGCAUUCGUAUUCACAGAUGGUGCUCUUUCCAUAUUCCUAUACCUUCAAUAAGAGUAAAGAUCAUGAAGAGCUGCUCUCGGUGGCGAAUAAAGUAGCGAAUGCCAUCAAAGUGAAACACUGGAACCGCUAUCGAGCUGGAUCUUCAGCGCAAACCAUCUAUUUAGCCCCUGGUGGUUCAGACGAUUGGGCUUAUGACCUUGGAAUUAAGUACUCUUUCACUUUUGAACUUCGGGAUAGAGGAACAUAUGGAUUCUUGCUUCCGCCAAGUUUAAUUAAAGCAACGUGCUCUGAAGCACUCACUGGCAUCGAAAUAAUAGUUUCCCACGUCUUAAAUAAUCAGUGAGCCCCAACAUUCUGUUUCACGGGAGAGCAUCUAUCAUUCAGUCACAGGGGCAGGUGGAGAGCUGGGUUGGAGUUAUUUGGUAUUUUUUAAUGUCAAUAAAAGCAACAUUUAUUUUU